AAGAGACCAUGAUGCGUGUUGCGUUGAUGAUGGUCCUGCUGGGAGGUGUGUUUGCAGCGCCGUUUGUGAACCCGGAGCAAGCGAAACGUUUUAUCCGUCAGAAGAGGCAGAUCGACUACUGGGACCCCAAUCACCCUCAGAACGUGUGGGGCUACACGGUGCAGGAACAGGUUAAUGAGUACUGGACUGCGUUGAUGACAGGCGCUCAGUAUUACGUGGACAUGGGAAACCUGGUGUUUGAUCGCUCUGUGGCUGAUGAGAACUACAGGAUGUACAUGGAAAUGCUGAGGAAUGCAAGAGCACACCUCGACACCAUCACCGGCAGACAGCGAUAGAUCAGAAGGAUUGGACGGUGAUGGAUGAUUUGGUGAUUGAUCACUCUGCUGAUUCAGUGCCUGAUGGUGGAGCUGCUUCCUCUUUGUUGGAUUUUUUUUUUUUUUUUAAAGUGUAGAACUGCAGAAAUGUCUGCACCAGAGGCUCAUAUCAGCUCAGUCUGUUCAUCAUUUUAUUCUGUUCCAUCUCAUAACACACACCUGAGACGCAGGUUACCUGAUGUUGGUGUGUUUGGAGCUCGAGCAGAUCACAUUGAUGAAUAUGGAUUGAGAUCCUUUGGUCUUUAGGUAAUGUUUUUGAACAGAAAAAUAAUAAAUUCAUAUUAUCUCCCUGCA